UUAUUAGACGGAUUGGCGAUGGAACGUCUACCCGUGCCUGGAACCAUAACUGGCUGCCAUGAUCUUCGUGGAUGCAGCCGAUUGCAUGCCCUUCGGCCGAUCCCCCGAUUCGGGUCAGUGAUUACAUCAAUACUAGCACCGCGAGUUGGGAUGUGGAGAAGCUUCAACAGUUCUUCAUUCCCAUGGACGUGGACUUCAAUCCCUCUUUCUACCAGGAUCCAGAGUGAUUCAUGGGCGUGGCAGUUUGAGAAGAACGGCAUCUUUACCGUUCGGUCUGCUUACCAGCUAUUCGUGAAGACGAAGCUUGAGAAGGAAGCCUGGCUGGAGGGCCGGGCCAGCUCUUCUGAUGCCGAAGGGGACGGUCGAAACUGGACCAAGUUGUGGAAGGAUAUUGCGCAGGCGUGCCAGCCCGCUAAGCCUGCUCCGGCGAGAAGACCUGCUGCUCCGAGAUGGCUUGCUCCGCCCCCAGAUUGUACCAAGAUUAACGUGGAUGCGGCGGUGGCGAAGUCCGCAGGACUCGGUUCAGUUGCAGCAAUUGCCCGGGAUGCUGUCGGGAGAUUCAUUGGCGCGUCAGCUGUGACGUCGCAUGGCAUUGCCGAUCCUGCUACCCUGGAGACGUUGGCGUGCAGGGAGGCGUUGGCCCUCGCGAUGGACAUUGGGGCACGCCGCGUGAUGGUUGGUUCGGACUGCCUGGAAGUUGUCCUGGCUAUCAAUGGACGGAGCCUGGGUCCUACUUCCAAAUCACGAGAGAGAUCCAAUUUGUAUCUUAGUCUUUUUCUUCUUGCAUUUUUCGACAUGAGAGUAGGAGCUCCAAUACGGAUGCUCACAAGUUAGCUAGAAGCACCUCAUCGCUUGAUGUUGGUCGCCGAGUGUGGUUCUCCCAUCCGCCCGAUGGUCUUUGUAUACCUCUCCAGGAUGUUACUUGAAUAAAGCAAUCUGUUGAUCUCAAAAAAAAA